AUGUCGUAUGCUUCGUUGACUUCCUCGUCCUUCGUGGCUUUCUCUCCUUCCAUCCGUGCUGGCUUGCCGGGCAGCAGGUCAAAGGUCGAUGGGUCCUGGACGUUACCCCCGUUCUGCAUGUUGUAGACGCUGCGCAUGAAGCCCGUUGCCGUCUCCCGGCUUCCCUGGGCUGUUCCGGCCUCCGACUCCGCUUCAGGGGCCAAGGGCGUGAUACCGGCUGCUUUAGCCAGCGCAGCCUCCCUGUCCUCGCGAAUUUGCUCAGAGACGGCAAGGUUCUGCCUAGCAGCGGCCUUCAUCUCAUCCGAUGCUUCAGGUGAAUCCACCACGGCUUGGAGAAGCGUGCCGGGAACGAUGCUAUGGGGGUGGUACUGUUGCCCGCCGCCCCCGCCGCCUCCAUGGCCGUGAUGUCCGCUACACUUGGCCGCAAAGAUUUCGUUGCGGUUGUUGACAAGCGCCUCAGCAACGGCGAGGGUGGCGUGGGCGCUAUUCCGGACUUCCUCGUCGUCGCAUUCGCAGAGACUUUCGAGCAAGUAGCGGGGGACAAUGGAGCAGACGUGGUGGUUGUCCAUGGUGAGGUAUGCGGAAUGCUGGGGUACUGCCAACGUACAGUAUUGUGUAAGAGACCACGGAUCGCGGAGAGGCCGUACCGUAUCAUGUACGAGGACUUGUGGGUGAACGACCAAGGCAUAUUAUGCUCCCCCAGGGCAACUCCUUCCCUUGGUAACGCUCGCCUGCGUGAGACAGCUUCGUACUCGGUGACGUGUGUAGCACCACUGCAGUCCGUGGUUGGCUGGCACUCAGCCACGCCCCGCGCGCUUCUUCGAAUGGUUCAGUCUGGUUUCCGUUCAUCCCCGCAAUGCACUCAGCCAAGAGAAUCCCCAAGACAUCUCUCACCGCCUUCACAUGUAUCUUCAUUGGCUGAUGACGAAAGUGGCAGGUCUCGACCUUUGUGCUCUGCAUCCUGCCGUCGGAUCCAAAGUGAGCCUUCAGGCGCUAGAUCGGAUAGGAAGUGGUUUGCAAACAGAAGGAUUGGCUCCAGAUUGCUCCGUCAGCCUCAGCUCAGCCUGAGGCGCUGUCAUUUCCGGGGUUCACUCGGAUUUGCAGCGUUCUUGGUAAGGAAGCUGGUUGGGAAGCUGGUCGUGCCAACUUCGAGCUGCAGCUUAUCACAUUCAUGGCCGCCAUCACUCUGCUGAGAGUCGGGACUGGACUAUCGAAAACCAGAACAGUAAGCUGCUCUUCAAUAACACGGGACGGUUUGGGAAUGGACUCGGGAUUUGGUACAUCCACUGCAGAUGAUCUUGGGAAUUCUCUAUGGCCCACGUCCUUGACUUGCGAACACAAAGAACAAACUCCAACCAUAGGUGAGAUCCGGGAGACGCUUGAACGCCCUACUAUCUGCUUCGAAUAUAUCAGUUAGACAACUUGAAGUAUUGAAGUACUAGUAUGUUAACAUGAAGCACUAAAUACCUACUACCUAGUAGAGAGGAAGCAAGAACUUGAACAAUAUGAGCAUUCCCUUUGGGGUCAUCCGUAGUGAGAUAGAACAUAAUGGUCUAAAACCACAACUGAACAUUG